CCUCCACACGCCUUUUCCAUUCUGCCAUUCUGGAGAGAGAAUUAGUUAGAGAGAGAAAGCGUCGAUUCGAAGCAGCUAGCAGAAAAGCCAAAAAUGGUGAACUUCCUGUUAUCAAUCAUGGCGGACCUCGAGAACCUCACCGACCUUCAACCACUAGGCGGUUGCAGUGAUGAUAACUUCCGUUAUCACUUCAAGCCACAAGGCGGUUGCACCGAAGAUAACUUCUGUUAUCACUUCAAGCUGAAGUGUGGCAAGUGUGGCGAGAUCACCCAAAAGGAGACUUAUGUGAGCUUGGUCGAAACUGUUCCUCUUCCCAUAGGCAAGGGCAACACCCACCUUAUCCAGAAGUGUAAGUUCUGUUGCAGGGAUGGUACAGUAACCAUGAUCACUGGCCGCGGCCGUCCUCUGACUCACGAGGAUAGUGAAGCUAAAAAGUCUGCACCUUUGAUGUUAUUUGAGUGCAGGGGUUAUGAGCCUCUGGAUUUUGUUUUCCGAGGAGAAUGGCAAGCUGUAUCUCUUGAUGGAACAAAAUUUACAGGCAUUGAUUUGUCCGGAGGAGAAGAGUAUGUUGAUUAUGAUGAGAAGGGGGGGUAUCCAGUUAUGAUUUCCAACCCUCGUGCUGCUUUUCAUGUAGUGAAGUAGAUCCCCCGUUGCUUGCUCUAUUGUGUGUUGCUGGUACAUAAAACUCUGUUGCACUGUCGAUCUGUUAGUUGCUAACUGCUGGAGAUGAAUGGGUGUUAGUUCUCAAUGUAAAGUGUUAAUUCUCAAUGUACAUUGACACGAACUACUUGCGUGGGUUUAGAUGACCUGUUUCAUGGAAACAACCAUUAUUGUUGAUGACAAUAUUAUCUUCUGGGCUACUUGAGAAUUAACUCCUCUUAGAAAUUUAAUAUGAAAGCUGGUAAAACUUUUCGAAA